AUGCCUAACGACGCUGACAUCGCUGCUGGGCAUGCAUGGCGUCGUAAGCUUGGGAUUUGGUGGGCUCGUGUGAAUUCUUUGGCUCGUGAUGGCAGCGAUCGUGUGGGCGGUGGAGGCGACACUGCUACGGCGAUGAACAAUGGUGGUGGGGGCUUCGGUCCUGCUCGGGGGAACGGACCUGGCAGAGGUCGUGGUGACCGUAGUGAUCGCGAUAGCCACCAUGGUUCUGGACGUGGCUCUGGUUUCUCUGGCCCCGGCAAUGGUUUCAGCGGGCCGCCAGGAUUCUCUUCUGGUCGAGGUAAAGGGUACUCCUCUGGUCAUCAUUCCACCUUCAUUACGGGCAAAUCGAGUGGCACGGCCGAGGAUCGAGACCAUGUGCAGGGGCAAUAG